AUAAAACUGGUUGGAUUUGUGUAUUAGUUGGAGAAUGUUUUGCUAGCAAAACAAAUAUGGCGCUGAGGAGAGGAAUAGUAAACUCCGAUCAAGAAGUAGAAAGUGACAAUCAUCGCGAACUAUUUGAAGCCUGUAAAUCAGGAGAUGUAAUCAAAGUUAAGCGCUUGUGUACCACUCAGAACGUAAAUGCCAAAGAUACAGCAGGACGAAAGUCUACUCCUUUGCAUUUUGCAGCUGGAUUUGGUCGAAAGGACGUUGUUGAGCACUUGUUAAAUUUUGGAGCAAAUGUUCAUGCAACUGAUGAUGGUGGAUUAAUACCUUUACAUAAUGCUUGCAGCUUUGGACAUGCAGAAGUUGUAACACUACUAUUACAACACGGUGCUGAUCCAAAUGCUCGCGAUAAUUGGAAUUAUACGCCAUUACAAGAAGCAGCAAUAAAAGGAAAAAUUGAUGUCUGUAUAGUUUUAUUACAAAAUGGGGCCGACCCCAAAAUUCAGAAUACCGAUGGUAAAACUGCAUUAGAUUCAGCUGAUCCCGCUGCCAGAGCUGUUCUAUCAGGUGAAUAUAAAAAGGAAGAAUUAUUGGAAUCUUCAAGAAGUGGUAGCGAAGAAAAAAUGCUUCAAUUAAUAACACCGUUAAACGUAAAUUGCCACGCCGCUGAUGGUCGAAAGUCAACUCCACUACACUUAGCGGCGGGAUACAAUAGAACAAGAAUUGUACAAAUAUUAUUACAAAAUGGGGCUGAUGUUCAUGCUAAAGACAAGGGUGGAUUGGUUCCACUUCACAAUGCAUGUUCUUAUGGACAUUUUGAAGUUACAGAAUUACUAUUGAAGAAAGGUGCCUGCGUAAACGCUAUGGACCUUUGGCAGUUUACACCACUACACGAAGCCGCUGCUAAAAAUCGAGUUGAAGUAUGUUCUCUAUUGUUAGCUCAUGGAGCCGAUCCCACCUUAGUUAAUUGCCAUUCAAAAUCUGCUUUGGAUUUAGCAACCUCCGAAUUGAGAGAAAGGAUUGCUUACGAACAUCGAGGCCACAUUAUUUUAGAAGCUGCCAGACAGGGGGAUACCACACGCCUAAAAAAGCAUUUAUCUAUAGAAUUUGUUAAUUUCAAACAUCCAUUUACCGGCGAUACCCCACUACAUUGUGCGGCUUCAUCUGCGUACCAGAAAAGAAAAGCCAUUUCUGAAUUACUAAUAAGAAAAGGUGCCGACUUGGACGAUAAAAAUAGGGAGUUUUUGACGCCUCUACAUAUCGCCACUGACAAAGGUAAUUUAGAUGUUUUGGACACACUUCUAAAACACAGUGCCAAGGUAAAUGCUCUCGAUGCCCUUGGCCAGACUGCUUUGCACAGGGCCGCUACUGCAGGAAAUGGACAAGCCUGUCGAAUCUUACUCUCAUUUAGCGCAGAUCCUAGUAUUGCCUCUCUCCAAGGAUUCACUGCUUCACAUCUUGCACCUGAGGAUAUACAGAAAAUGUUAAGAGAGGACGUUUCAGUUUCUGGUAGUGACGCAGAUGUACAAUUGCUGGAGGCUGCUAAAACGGGUGAUUUAGAAGUAGUUAAGAGAUUGAUAACUGCUCAUCCGCAUGCUGUAAACUGCCGAGAUGUCGAUGGGCGACAUUCGACUCCCCUACAUUUUGCUGCUGGCUAUAAUCGAGUUGGUGUUGUUGAAUUUUUACUACAGAACGGAGCCGACGUACACGCAAAAGAUAAAGGGGGUCUUGUUCCUUUACACAAUGCAUGCUCUUAUGGACACUUCGAAGUUACGCAAUUGUUGUUAAAUCAUGGCGCCUCUGUCAACGUAGCUGAUUUAUGGAAGUUUACACCAUUACACGAAGCAGCAGCUAAAGGAAAAUUUGAUAUUUGUAAAUUGUUAUUAAAGCAUGGCGCUGACCCUAACAAAAAGAACCGGGACAGUCAUACGCCUUUAGAUCUUGUUAAAGACGGUGACCAGGAUGUUGCUGACUUAUUAAGAGGCGACGCAGCUUUGUUAGAGGCAGCAAAAAAAGGAAAUCUGCCAAGAGUUCAAAAAUUAUUGACAGCAGAUAAUAUUAACUGCAGGGACAAUCAAGGACGAAACUCAACGCCUCUUCAUUUGGCUGCUGGCUAUAAUAAUGUAGAAGUAGCUGAAUUCUUGUUAGAACGUGGCGCCGACGUUAAUGCUCAAGAUAAAGGUGGAUUAAUACCUUUACAUAAUGCUUCUUCCUAUGGACACGUAGACAUUGCAGCCGUGUUAAUUAAAUACAAAGCAAGUGUUAAUGCCGUCGACCGAUGGGGUUAUACACCUCUACACGAAGCCGCUCAAAAAGGUCGAACACAAUUAUGCGCACUUUUGUUGAAUCAUGGAGCUGAUCCGAUGUUGAAAAAUCAAGAAGGACACACAUCAUUUGACUUAUCAGCGGCUGAAGACGUAAGGGCAUUGCUAAAAGAUGCAAUGACACCUGGAAACAAUACAUCUCGUUUGAACGAUAAUUCUACACUUCAAGCCAGCUGUCUAUCUUCUCCAAGCUGCGAUUUAGCACCUAGCGGAGCAGAGUCAAAAUUACCGCCUACAAUCGCAUUGGGCGAUACUGGAGAUAAUAAUCUAACAGUUGCAAAAUUAUUGAAGGCCGCGGGCUUAGAAAGUUUGCAGGAAAUGUUCGCAAAAGAGCAGAUUACGGUCGACGUCUUAGCCGAAAUGGGUCACGAUGAGUUGAAAGAUAUAGGUGUAACAGCUUAUGGACACCGUCAUAAACUUCUGAAGGCUGUUGAUAAAUUUAUUCAUCACGGUGUACAAGGCUCUACUGUUAGGUUCCCGUCCGCCACUAACGCUUCUGGUUCUUGUCAAACAACUUUAAUUACUUUGAGACUUGAUGACCCCGAAUAUAAAGCUGUUGAUCAUCUAAUGCAAUCAACAAUAAGAGAGCACAAAGAUAACUGUGGAGGAGUAUUUAAAGCGUACAAAAUUGCUAAGAUUCAAAGAAUUAAAAAUAAGAGAUUAUUGGAUCGUUACUAUCACCGAAGAGCAGAAGUGGCAGAAGAGAAUGAAGGGAACGCAAAUGAAGUAUCCUUAUUUCAUGGUUCACCAUUUGUUAAUUCUAUUGUUAAGAAAGGAUUCGAUGAACGACAUUCGUAUUUAGGUGGCAUGUUUGGUGCCGGCCUCUACUUUGCUGAGAACUCUUCAAAAAGUAACCAAUACGUUUACGGUAUUGGAGGUGGAACUGGAUGUCCUUCGCACAAAGACAAAUCUUGCUACGAAUGUGAAAGACAGAUGAUCUUAUGUAAAUUAACCCUAGGCAAAAAGUUUAUUCAGUAUUCAGCAAUGAAAACCGCCCAUUCGCCUCCAGGACAUCAUUCCGUUGUUGGACAACCAACACCGGGUGGUCUAAAUUACGCGGAAUAUGUCGUAUAUAGGGGCGAACAGGCAUAUCCCGAAUUUCUCAUAACAUAUCUCAUUGUGAAACCGGAAGAUGAUCCGUCCGACAAUUGA